AAUUUUCAUCAUGAAGUUCUUCUACUUGAUUUUCUCUGCAAUUUUCUUUCUGGCUGAUCCUGCUUUGGUCAAGUGUUCAGAGGAUUGUGAGAAUAUUUUUCAUGACAAUGCGUACCUCCUUAAAUUGGAUUGUGAAGCAGGAAGGGUUGAUCCUGUUGAAUACGACGAUAUUUCGGAUGAAGAAAUAUAUGAAAUAACGGUCGAUGUUGGAGUUUCAUCUGAGGACCAGGAGAAAGUUGCGAAAAUAAUAAGGGAGUGCAUUGCACAAGUUUCAACGCAAGAUUGCACGAAAUUUUCAAAAAUUUAUGAUUGUUACAUGAAGAAGAAAAUCUGUAAUUAUUAUCCUGAAAAUAUGUAAAAAAAAAAAUUUAUUUAUAUAAAAAUAAUAUAAAGAUUAAAAUCUCUUAUUGAUUGUAAAAAUGGCCUAAUAUUGAAGCAAAAAUUAAAGCAUGAAACAAGAUUA